UCGCAGCGGCCAGUGCUCGAAUCAACUAUCUAGUAGAUCAUAUGAAGCGCAACCCAAAGGAUCUGCACUCUCGACGAGGCCUCGAACAGCUGGUACAGAAUAGGCGAAAGAUGAUGAAAUAUCUGCGUCGCACAAAUCUGGAGAGAUAUGUACAUUGUAUCGAUGUGCUGAAGCUGCGACCACUGCCUCCUAUGGGCCAAAAGGAUUACCGGUAG